AUGAAAACCUCGUGUGCCGCAGUGUUGGUAGUGUUCAUCACUCUACUCGUCGGAAGCGCUAGUAGCCAUUCUAUGGUCGAUUCCUCCACAAGAUCUCGCUACAUUGACACUGUCAACCUUGAUGUACGAGAUGAGAAAUCGCUCUUCGUGGCCAGCAAUCGCCAUUGCAGUAUGAACCAUCAUCGCAAUGGCAGCGAAGGAUGCAGUGAACAACGAUCCCGACAUGCUGCUGACAGCUCCGAGGCCCAUGAAGUUUCGAUUCCCAGUUCCGAUCCAACGGAAAAUGGGCAAUGGGACAACAACCAGAACGACGUGCCUGUCUCUCUCGGAGAUCAACGCAAAAAGAACUCGAGCGUAGAGGACAGCGAACAUGUUGCUUGCAAGCCAAGUGCUGCUUCCAAAAAGGAAAAGCAUUCUUUUGCAUACAGUGAUUUCUACUUGGCACUCGGUUUCAUGGUGGGUUCUACCAUCUUUGGAGCCAUGUUUACCUUUGGCAUAUUGGCUCUCAUGGAGGCCUUUGAUAAAGCUACCAAACCGCAAAUGGUUGAUGACGAUGAGGACUAUGAUGAGGACCUUUGA